UCCGGGAUGUGCGGCUCCGCCCGGCGCGCCCGGGGAGCGUGGCGCUGACCCGGGGCGGUCACCCCAGCACUGUGGCCUCCCCGCUGCUCCCGCGAGCCAAUCGCUCCUUCUUCAUUCCCCAUUUUCUUUUCCCGGGUAACAGCACUGGACUAGUUGUGCUCUGCCCCUAAGAAACAUUUUCUUGCCGUUCCUCGGUGCUUCUGCAGUAGCUCUGGAGUGGGUGGGGGUGUGCCUUUCCCUGGGACCCGGCUUGGGGACCUCCCUCGGCGCGGGGAGCACGUUCCCAGGGACUGGCACUCCCGGGACUGCCCGGGCUUUGUCCUCUCCCCGGCGGCGGCUCCGUGAGGUGGACGCCUCGGCGCCUCCCUCGCCUUGGGUCUGGGCACUCCACUCCCGGAGCAGGAACAUGCCCCGAGUCCGGCUCCCUGUUUUUUGGGUUUUUUUUUAUUCCUUAGCCUUUCUCUCUCUUUCCGCGACCGUUGAGAGCCUCGACUCCUUGUUCCCAGUUGCUUUCAGACCCGAUCGUUCGUCGGGGCGUUCAGAUCCCUGGCCCCCAGGCUUGGCCUGGGGGGUGCCCUCCCGGCCCUCCGGCCCGGGCCUGCACCGCCUCCCUCGCCCUUGCCCCCUCUCUCCAGGCUGCCCGGGCUCCCGGAGGUCCCGGAGCUGCCUUUCCGGACCCGCAACCCUCCAAACUUGAGCUGGACUCUGCUUCGCCGCGCGAUCCUUCCCCCCUGCCCUAGCCCGCCGCGUAGCUGUAACUUGGAGGCUCAGCUCUCAACUUCGGGGUCAGCAUGCGGGGGGAAGCAGGGCGCACGUCUUGCUCUCCCCCCUUUCUUCUUUCCCCGCCACGCCGCUGCCUCGGCGCUCGCUGCGGCCACUGGCACUGAUGAAGAUAUUUUCUCUGGAGUCUCCUUCUUUCUAACCCGGCUCUCCCGAUGUGAACCGAGCCGUCGUCCGCCCGCCGCCGCCGCCGCCGCCGCCCGCCCCGCAGCCCACCAUGUCUCGCCGCAAGCAAGGCAAACCCCAGCACUUAAGCAAACGGGAAUUCUCGCCCGAACCUCUUGAAGCCAUUCUUACAGAUGAUGAACCAGACCACGGCCCUUUGGGAGCUCCAGAAGGGGACCAUGACCUCCUCACGUGUGGGCAGUGCCAGAUGAACUUCCCGUUGGGGGACAUUCUUAUUUUUAUCGAGCACAAACGGAAACAAUGCAAUGGCAGCCUCUGCUUAGAAAAAGCUGUGGAUAAGCCACCUUCCCCUUCACCAAUCGAGAUGAAAAAAGCAUCCAAUCCCGUGGAGGUUGGCAUCCAGGUCACGCCAGAGGAUGACGAUUGUUUAUCAACGUCAUCUAGAGGAAUUUGCCCCAAACAGGAACACAUAGCAGAUAAACUUCUGCACUGGAGGGGCCUUUCCUCCCCUCGUUCUGCACACGGAGCUCUAAUCCCCACGCCCGGGAUGAGUGCAGAAUAUGCCCCGCAGGGUAUUUGUAAAGAUGAGCCCAGCAGCUACACAUGUACAACUUGCAAACAGCCAUUCACCAGUGCAUGGUUUCUCUUGCAACACGCACAGAACACUCAUGGAUUAAGAAUCUACUUAGAAAGCGAACACGGAAGUCCCCUGACCCCGCGGGUUGGUAUCCCUUCAGGACUAGGUGCAGAAUGUCCUUCCCAGCCACCUCUCCAUGGGAUUCAUAUUGCAGACAAUAACCCCUUUAACCUGCUAAGAAUACCAGGAUCAGUAUCCAGAGAGGCUUCCGGCCUGGCAGAAGGGCGCUUUCCACCCACUCCCCCCCUGUUUAGUCCACCACCGAGACAUCACUUGGACCCCCACCGCAUAGAGCGCCUGGGGGCGGAAGAGAUGGCCCUGGCCACCCAUCACCCGAGUGCCUUUGACAGGGUGCUGCGGUUGAAUCCAAUGGCUAUGGAGCCUCCCGCCAUGGAUUUCUCUAGGAGACUUAGAGAGCUGGCAGGGAACACGUCUAGCCCACCGCUGUCCCCAGGCCGGCCCAGCCCUAUGCAAAGGUUACUGCAACCAUUCCAGCCAGGUAGCAAGCCGCCCUUCCUGGCGACGCCCCCCCUCCCUCCUCUGCAAUCCGCCCCUCCUCCCUCCCAGCCCCCCGUCAAGUCCAAGUCAUGCGAGUUCUGCGGCAAGACGUUCAAAUUUCAGAGCAACCUGGUGGUGCACCGGCGAAGCCACACGGGCGAGAAGCCCUACAAGUGCAACCUGUGCGACCACGCGUGCACGCAGGCCAGCAAGCUGAAGCGCCACAUGAAGACGCACAUGCACAAGUCUUCGCCCAUGACGGUCAAGUCCGACGACGGCCUCUCCACCGCCAGCUCCCCGGAACCCGGCACCAGCGACCUGGUGGGCAGCGCCAGCAGCGCGCUCAAGUCCGUGGUGGCCAAGUUCAAGAGCGAGAACGACCCCACCUUGAUCCCGGAGAAUGGGGACGAGGAGGAAGAGGAGGACGACGAGGAAGAGGAAGAAGAGGAGGAAGAGGAGGAGGAGGAGCUGACGGAGAGCGAGAGGGUGGACUACGGCUUCGGGCUGAGCCUGGAGGCGGCCCGCCACCACGAGAACAGCUCGCGGGGCGCGGUGGUGGGCGUGGGCGACGAGGGCCGCGCCCUGCCCGACGUCAUGCAGGGCAUGGUGCUCAGCUCCAUGCAGCACUUCAGUGAGGCCUUCCACCAGGUCCUGGGCGAGAAGCAUAAGCGCGGCCACCUGGCCGAGGCCGAGGGCCACAGGGACACUUGCGACGAAGACUCGGUGGCCGGCGAGUCGGACCGCAUAGACGAUGGCACUGUUAACGGCCGCGGCUGCUCCCCGGGCGAGUCGGCCUCGGGGGGCCUGUCCAAAAAGCUGCUGCUGGGCAGCCCCAGCUCGCUGAGCCCCUUCUCCAAGCGCAUCAAGCUCGAGAAGGAGUUCGACCUGCCCCCGGCCGCGAUGCCCAACACGGAGAACGUGUACUCGCAGUGGCUCGCCGGCUACGCAGCCUCCAGGCAGCUCAAAGAUCCCUUCCUUAGCUUCGGAGACUCCAGACAAUCGCCUUUCGCCUCCUCGUCAGAGCACUCCUCGGAGAACGGGAGCUUGCGCUUCUCCACGCCGCCCGGGGAGCUGGACGGAGGGAUCUCGGGGCGCAGCGGCACGGGAAGUGGAGGCAGCACGCCCCAUAUUAGUGGUCCGGGCCCGGGCAGGCCCAGCUCAAAAGAGGGCAGACGCAGCGACACUUGUGAGUACUGUGGGAAAGUCUUCAAGAACUGUAGCAAUCUCACUGUCCACAGGAGAAGCCACACGGGCGAAAGGCCUUAUAAAUGCGAGCUGUGCAACUAUGCCUGUGCCCAGAGUAGCAAGCUCACCAGGCACAUGAAAACGCAUGGCCAGGUGGGGAAGGACGUUUACAAAUGUGAAAUUUGUAAGAUGCCUUUUAGCGUGUACAGUACCCUGGAGAAACACAUGAAAAAAUGGCACAGUGAUCGAGUGUUGAAUAAUGAUAUAAAAACUGAAUAGAGGUAUAUUAAUACCCCUCCCUCACUCCCACCUGCCACCUCCUUUUUUCACCACCCCUCCCCCUUUCCCCAUCGCCCUCCAGCCCCACACCCUGUAGGAUUUUUUUCUAGUCCCGUGUGAUUUAAACAUACAGACAAACAAACAGAAGUAACGGAAGCUAAGAAUAUGAGAGUGCUUGUCACCAGCACACCUGUUUUUGUUUCUGUUUUUUCUUUUUCUUUUUUCUUUUUCUUUUUUUCCUUUAUGUUCUCACCGUUUGAAUGCAUGACCUGUAUGGGGCAAUACUAUUGCAUUUUACGCAAACUUUGAGCCUUUCUCUUGUGCAAUAAUUUACAUGUUGUGUAUGUUUUUUAUUUUUUUUUAAACUUAGACAGCAUGUAUGGUAUGUUAUGGCUAUUUUAAAUUGUCCCCGAUUCGUUGCUGAGAAAACAUGUUGCUGUUUCCAGUUCCGUUCUGAGAGAAAGAGAGAGAGAGAGAGAAAAAAACCAUGCUGCAUACAUUCUGUAAUACAUAUCAUGUACAGUUUUCUUUCAUAACGUGAGGAGGAAAAACAGUCCUUGGAUUAACCCUCUAUAGACAGAAUAGAUGGCACUGAAAGAAAAUCUCUACAAGCUAAAUGUCUGUCUCUAAAGGGUUAAAUAUAUCAAUUGGAGAUGAAGGAAAGGCCUUGAAUUGACAAAUUAACAGAAAAAUAAAACAAGUUUAUCCUAUCAUUUGGUUUUAAAAUAUGAGUGCCUUGGAUCUAUUAAAACCACAUUGAUGGUUCUUUCUACUUGUUAUAAACUUGUAGCUUAAUUCAGCAUUGGGUGAGGUAACAAACCUUAGGACCUAGAGUAUAAUUCUAUAUUGUAUUUCUCACAACAAUGGCUACCUAAAAAUAUGACCCAUUAUGUCCUAGUUAAUCAUCAUUUUCCCUUUCGUUUAAUCUUGUAAGCAAAACUGAUUAUACCAGUAUAAAAGCUAUUUUGCUCCUGGUGAGAGCUUAAAAGAAAUGGGCUCUUUUGCCCAAAGUUUUAUUUUUUUUAAAUGAUGAUUAAAUUGAAUGUGCAACAUGCAAAAGCCCUGGAACACAAUUAAAUACAUUAGUAAGGAAUUCAUUUUAUGAAGAUAACUUGUUUUAAAUAGUGUCUUUUGAAAAAAAUUCUGGCACCAGAAGAAAUAGAUCCAGAUCUACUUGGUUGUCAAAUGGACAAUCAAACGAUAAACUUUAAGACCUAUAAUAGCAUGUUAAAAAGAAGAGACUGACAAUAAGGUUUGACAGAGGGUUACAGAGGAAAAAAAAUAUGUGAUUUAUUAGCACAACAUGGUACUAUUUGCCAUUUUAAACUAGAACAGGUGUAUAAGCUAAUUGAUACAAUGAUGAUUAACUAUGAAUUCUUAAGACUUGCGUUUAAAUGUGACAUUCUUAAAAAAGAAGAGAAAGAAUUUUAAGAGUAGCAGUAUAUAUGUCUGUGCUCCCUAAAAUUUGUACUUCAUUUCUUUUCCAUACACUGUGUGCUAUUUGUGUUAACAUGGAAGAGGAUUCAUUGUUUUUAUUUUAUUUUUUUAAUUUUUUCUUUUUUAUUAAGCUAGCAUCUGCCCCAGUUGGUGUUCAAAUAGCACUUGACUCUGCCUGUAAUAUCUGUAUCUUUUCUCUAAUCAGAGAUACAGAGGUUGAGUAUAAAAUAAACCUGCUCAGAUAGGACAAUUAAGUGCACUGUACAAUUUUCCCAGUUUACAGGUCUAUACUAAAGGGAAAAGUUGCAAGAAUGCUGAAAAAAAUAAUCUGAACACAAUCUCAUUGAUGAGCAUUUAAAAAAAAAAAAGCUUAAAAAAAAAAAAAAAACUUUGCCAGCCAUUUACUUGACUAAUGAGCUUACUUACUCGAACUCAACAUUGCAAGCGCUGUGAAUGGAAAACAGAAUACACUUAACAUAGAAAAUGAAUGAUUGCUUUCGCUUCUACAGUGCAAGGAUUUUUUUGUACAAAACUUUUUAAAAGAUAAAUGUUAAGAAAAAAAAUUUUUUUAAAAAACACUUCAUUAUGUUUAGGGGGGAACUGCAUUUUAGGGUUCCAUUGUCUUGGUGGUGUUACAAGACUUGUUAUCCAUUUAAAAAUGGUAGUGGAAAUUCUAUGCCUUGGAUACACACCGCUCUUCAGGUUGUAAAAAAAAAAAACAUACAUUGGGGAAAGGUUUAAGAUUAUAUAGUACUUAAAUAUAGGAAAAUGCACACUCAUGUUGAUUCCUAUGCUAAAACACAUUUAUGGUCUUUUUUCUGUAUUUCUAGAAUGGUAUUUGAAUUAAAUGUUCAUCUAGUGUUAGGCACUAUAGUAUUUAUAUUGAAGCUUGUAUUUUUAACUGUUGCUUGUUCUCUUAAAAGGUAUCAAUGUACCUUUUUUGGUAGUGGAAAAAAAAAGACAGGCUGCCACAGUAUAUUUUUUUAAUUUGGCAGGAUAAUAUAGUGCAAAUUAUUUGUAUGCUUCAAAAAAAAAAAAGAGAAACAAAAAAGUGUGACAUUGUACAGCUGAGAAGCCAUAUAAUGGCGGUUUGGGGGAGCCUGCUAGAAUGUCACACGGAUGGCUGUCAUAGGGGUUGUACAUAUCCUUUUUUGUUCCUUUUUCCUGCUGCCAUACUGUAUGCAGUACUGCAAGCUAAUAACGUUGGUUUGUUAUGUAGUGUGCUUUUUGUCCCUUUCCUUCUAUCACCCUACAUUCCAGCAUCUUACCUUCAUAUGCAGUAAAAGAAAGAAAGAAAAAAAAAGGAAAAAAAAAAAAAAAAAAAACCAAUGUUUUGCAGUUUUUUUCAUUGCCAAAAACUAAAUGGUGCUUUAUAUUUAGAUUGGAAAGAAUUUCAUAUGCAAAGCAUAUUAAAGAGAAAGCCCGCUUUAGUCAAUACUUUUUUGUAAAUGGCAAUGCAGAAUAUUUUGUUAUUGGCCUUUUCUAUUCCUGUAAUGAAAGCUGUUUGUCGUAACUUGAAAUUUUAUCUUUUACUAUGGGAGUCACUAUUUAUUAUUGCUAUGUGCCCUGUUCAAAACAGAGGCACUUAAUUUGAUCUUUUAUUUUUCUUUGUUUUUAUUUUUUUUUAUUUGGAUGACCAAAGGUCAUUACAACCUGGCUUUUUAUUGUAUUUGUUUCUGGUCUUUGUUAAGUUCUAUUGGAAAAACCACUGUCUGUGUUUUUUUGGCAGUUGUCUGCAUUAACCUGUUCAUACACCCAUUUUGUCCCUUUAUUGAAAAAAAUAAAAAAAUUAAAGUACACAAUGUAAGCUUCUUGUGUCCUCAUUUGACACACUCUGUAAAUUUCUUUCAAGAAAAUAACAGGUUUUAAGAGAAGGCCAGUCAGUCUUUUUCAAGA